AUGAAAACACUCACAGCUGCUUCACACUACAGUUUUGACAUUCAUCCGUUCACAUUUACUCCCUCCAUUGGGUGCAGUUUCAACGUUUCAGCCAAUCAGGUUGUUUUCUAUGUUUAUAGCGUGAUCUCGUUACUUUACCUUCCAUUUGGGUGGAAAGUCAUGAGUAGGUCAACAUCAUGGUGCUGCACCACAAUGAUUUCAAGACUCGCUGCUUUGUUUCUGCUUAGUGGAGAGUCUCUGAUUUGCACUGCAGAGGCUCCUGUCCUGGUCUCUGUGACUGUGGUCAAACUUGGAGACAAUGUGAAUUUAACAUGUCCAGUCUCGAGUGACAAGGAAGUAUUAUACUGGUAUAAACAGCCUCCUGGACACAUGCUGCAUACAGUUGUUUCAAGAAUAGUGAAAAAUAAAAUUGAACAAUUCAUUGAUAAACGUUUUGCCUUCAAAAAAGUGAAUAAACAGUAUUUUCUCACCAUCGUAAAUGUGAGCAAAGAGGAUGAAGCGACAUACUUCUGUCAAACCGGAACAAUGUAUACAAAUACAUUUGUCAGUGGCACAUUCUUGGCUGUGAACGAUGAGAAUCCAGAAAAGGUGUCCGGCCGCCCAGGACAACAGGUGACUCUGCAGUGUUCCCUCGUUUCCAAGAGCAAAGGAAACACAGUCCAGUGUCCUGGCAGAGACGGUGUUUCCUUGUUCAGAGCCGGCUCAGGAUCAGGACUCUCCCGUCCCAACUUCAUUUACGUUCACGAGAACUCUGACGAUGAUGAUGAUGGGACGCAUCGCUGUGCUGUGCUCACGUGUGGAAACAUCUUGUUUGGUAAAGAGACCAAAGUGGAGACAAAACAAGAAUGGCACCUUGUUGUCGCUGUGCUCGGGGCUCUGUUGGCGCUCUGUCUGAUUGUGAUUGCCGUCCUUGUUCUCUCAAGACACUGAGGUCAUGGUGUGGUCAGUCACCGGUAAAUAUGAAGGAGGGAGGAUUCUGAAAAAUGAAGCGAGAAAAGCAAAGAGAGUGAAUUUGAGGAGAAGAAUGUAUUUUAUGAAUGUUUCUUCAGCUUCUGUGCUCAUCGCUGUGCUCAUCACUGUGCUCAUCACUGUGUGUAACCGCCAAACCCACAACCAACGCGGGGUUUUUUCUGUCUUGUUUUAUUUUUCCACAGGAUGUUUCAGGUCACAUUUGUUCUGAGAAUUGUUUAUCAGUGGUUAGUGACUGCAGUCGUGUUUGAUUUAAGGUUUGUCAGCUGUGGUGAACACAAAUACUUUACAGUCUCACUUAUUAUCUCUGCAGGUGACAAA